CCGGCAACUAGCUCAUCGACAUGGCCUGCAAGCUGAUCGUCCUCGCCGCCCUCGUGGCAGUGGCCCGCGCCGGCUACCUGGGCGCCCCCGCCGUCUACGCCCCCGGCGCCCCCAUCGCCGCCCGCGCUUACGCCGCCCCCGUGGCCUACGCCGCCCCCGCCCUGCGUGCCGCCCCCGUUGCCGCCGCUGUCCCCGCCGCCGUGGCCGCUGAGUACGACCCCCACCCCCAGUACAGCUACGCCUACGACGUCCAGGACGCUCUGACCGGUGACUCCAAGACCCAGCACGAGAGCCGCGACGGAGACGUCGUCCAGGGCAGCUACAGCCUGGUCGAGCCCGACGGCUCCGUGCGCACCGUCGACUACACCGCCGACCCCGUCAACGGCUUCAACGCCGUCGUGCACAAGGAGGCCGGCGCCCACCCCGCCCCCGUCGUCGCCAAGGUGGCCGCCCCCGUCGCCUACGCCGCCCCCGCCUACGGCAAGGCUAUCCUGGGCUAAACUGCAAUAGGAGUUCAACCGAAGAUGACUCAGAGAGGACAGAAUCUGUUCUAGCCCACUGUCUGAAGUUUACAACUGGCAUUCGAAAACUGUGGCUACAGAGAAAACCUGUAUACACAGCUUUCGUUCGAGCUAUCUAGCAAAGAGGCCUGUACACAAUUCAAACUCGGCUUCUUCGCAAUAUCAGUUCGUUUAUGUCCAGUUGUUGAUCCUGUUUGCACAUUCCUCCACUCCUUAUUGACUGUUGCCAUCAGUUUCGUCGACAACAUCAAUAGCUACCUUCCACAUACCUAGCCACUAUUUAUUUCAUGCAAAUACAUUUUGUACAGAAUAUUUGUG